AUGAUCCUGUUAUCGGGUAGCUCUAGCCGAAUGCCAACGGAUGUUACACAAGCAUUGCAUAAAGUGAUUGCCGCGCAGGGUCAGAUGUCGGUGGAGCAAGCAACUACAUAUUUGGCUCGAGUUGAGAAGGAAGGUCGUUUCCAGCAGGAAUGUUGGUCUUAAAAAGAAAGAGCACUAAUAGAAAUACCACAAUAAAAAUAAAAAUCGCACGCAACUUUUGUAGAGACGCCACCAAUUUCUUUUUCAGAAUCUUUCCCUGCAAAUCAAACCAGCAAAUGCAUGUGCCACGUAACAUUGAAUUAAUCUUGAGAUCCUUCACAAGAAUGAACCGCCUAAAAUCAAGACGAUGGCACUCAGCUUACAUUCCUCAAGAUCGUCUUAUUCGGCUCAGAAGUUGCUUGAAUUUUAGAUACAAGCAAAGAAAUAUUAUUUUGGAACUGGUCGUGUUGACAAACAAUAAAAACAACAUCAGCAGCAAGGAGAAAUGGAUACACGAAGUGCUCCAGAGCGAUACUAUGUACUUUAAUUACAGCACCAGACGUUUGAGUGCUAUCAAAGCUCCCUUAGUUGGGACUGUUACAAGUUAUGCCCCACAUACAAAUCGCAGGAUAAAGGCUAUGCAAUAUUCAACAUCUGCUGCUCAGAAGACAUCAGGGCCAGAAUCAGGAGAUGGCUCGUUUUACUCUCUUUCACCUUAUCCAGAUACAGAGGAUUUCGGGUUUGGACGAUGUAAGAACCCAACUCAGCUUGAAAAGAGCAUUGAGUCCUACCUCAAGAGCCAUCCAGAACCGACAGAGCGCGUCCUAGUUACUAUGUUGACUGUAUGCAGGGAUCUAGCUGAGGUAGCAGUUCCAGUAUUCCCAGCAACAAGAUCAAAACAGGAUUUGGCGUGCACUGGUCUAAAAGGACAUGGAGACCCAGGAGGAAGAACCAAGGGAAAAGAGAAAGUACAGAAACAGCAAGGGCCAAGGACACACGAUAUAAAGGCAACUCUUUUGAAGACAAUCCUGGACUCCUCUAGAUUCACUUCGGACGAUGUAUUCAGAGUCGCACGCGCAAUCUAUUACAGCUUGGCUAUGGGUAAAUUCUAUCAUGCCGCGGGCGCCAGCAAUUGGAAAAUUAGUGGUGAUGGCGAUGACAAUUGUGAUGGCUCUAAUACUGGGUCACAGUUCCCAUCGUCAUCGUCAUCGUCAUCGUCAUCAGAUACCUUGAAGAGUAAGGAUCGACCAAGCCCAUCAAACCAAAUCACUAAUGCUUUCUUGGAUGUCUGUGCGGUUACAGGCAACUUUGACGAGGCAUAUGCAGUCGUCAAGGAGAUGAUGCAAAGUCCACAAGGGAAUAUCAAACCUGAUCUCAUGACUUAUCGAUAUGUUCUGAAAGCAGCCACGACGGCAGGCCGUUCCUAUUCUAAGGCCAACAAUGUGAUAGCAGAGAAAGAGAUUGAAGUUAAAGUCAAUAUCGUAAUUGAUGAAGCUAGCGAGGCGCUAUACCGACAGUCAAGGAUGGCAUUCUGGAUGAAAAUAGGCCUUGGAGGUCUCGCUGGUGCCGCUGUUGGGAAGUUCACGAUGCUGGGGAUUAUGGCUCUACCAUCUUCUAGAGCUCUAAUUCAGGAUACUAAUGCCGGUGUAGGUAUCAGUACUGUUGAUCACGCAGGAUCGGAUGUACUAGCUGAAAACAGAAUAGAUAUAGUAGGUUCGCCACAGUCCGUAGAUGGAAUUCUUGAGCUUUUGGCAAGUCAAGAGGUAGCUAUGGGGGUAGGCCUUGUAGCUGGUCUAUUAACAGCAGGGUAUGUCAUCCGGUCUAGUACUAGUCAGUCAGUGGCAACAACGGCAGUAACAACAGAAGCAGCAGCGACGGUCCCGAUCUCUACUUCGAAAGCUGUUCUUACGGAGACUGUGCCUUCCAAUAAAAGCAAGGCACAGCGUCCUUAUCGGCAACACCAUCAUCCUAAUGAUAGAGAGCCUUCUAUUUCCCUUCCUCGUGCAAAAUUAUUUGGCCUUUACUUUCCAGAUCUGGCCACGACUAACAAGAAUGAGAUUCGAGAUUACUUGAAAAGUCUGCGUUAAAAAAAAAAAAAAAAAAAAAAAAAAAAAACAGAAAUAGCAACGGCAAUAUCCCUAAAAUUUAAUUGAUAUAAUUGAUGCCG